CCGGUGUCAUUAGGCGAUAGCCAUUGAAUCAUUCGAUCUGCUUUUUUUUUUUUUCCUUCUUCCUCUCCCCCUUUUCCCCCUUCCUUCUUCUGGGGGGUCAGACGCGCAACUCGGCCGCGCUGGCUGCUGGCGUCGGGCUGGUCGGCCCCCGUAUUUCUUUUUUUUUCUUCUCUUCCUUCUUCUCCGUAGUCGGGCUGCGUCUCUCCGGCGAUUUCCAUGGUUUUCCGAUCGCCUUUAGAGCUUUAUCCCUCCCACUUCUUCCUGCCCAACUUCGCCGAUCGCCCGCUGCUCCUGGCGAACGGCGCGCCGGCCGCCCGCUCCCCGGAAGACUUGUCCAUGUUCCAGCUACCCACGCUCAACUUCUCCCCGGAGCAGGUGGCGAGCGUCUGCGAGACGCUGGAGGAGACGGGCGACAUCGAGCGGCUGGGCCGCUUCCUGUGGUCGCUGCCCGUGGCGCCGGGCGCCUGCGAGGCCAUCAACAAGCACGAGUCCAUCCUGCGCGCCCGCGCCGUGGUGGCCUUCCACACGGGCAACUUCCGCGACCUCUACCACAUCCUGGAGAACCACAAGUUCACCAAGGACUCGCACGGCAAGCUGCAGGCCAUGUGGCUGGAGGCGCACUACCAGGAGGCCGAGAAGCUGCGCGGGCGCCCGCUGGGUCCCGUGGACAAGUACCGCGUGCGCAAGAAGUUCCCGCUGCCUCGGACCAUCUGGGACGGCGAGCAGAAGACGCACUGUUUCAAGGAGCGGACGCGGAGCCUGCUGCGGGAGUGGUACCUGCAGGACCCCUACCCCAACCCCAGCAAGAAAAGGGAACUGGCGCAAGCCACCGGACUCACCCCCACACAGGUCGGCAACUGGUUCAAGAACCGGAGGCAACGAGACAGAGCCGCGGCGGCCAAAAACAGGCUGCAGCACCAAGCCAUGGGAGCGGGCGCCAUGAGGUCGCUGUCCGAGGCCGGCCUGACCCCUCACAGCUCGGCCGAGUCGCCGUCGACGGCGGCCAGUCCCACCACCAGCGUGUCGAGCGCCACGGAGCGCGCCGACGCCGGCACGUCCAUCCUCUCCGUCACCUCCAGCGACUCCGAGUGCGACGUAUGAUAGCAAACGGCCACGCCGAAAGAGAAUUAUCCACAGGACCUGAGAGGAAAAACAAAAACAACAACAACAACAACAACAACGGACUCGGAUGGAGGAGUCACAAGGACCGAUCGCUAUAAAUAUGACGUAAAAAAAAAAGAUACUGCACGUGUUUGUUUGUUACUUGGUGGGUUUUUUUUUGUUUUUUUGUUUUUUGAAUGAGAAACGCUUUGAAAAAGACAAAAAAGGAGCCAACGCUUGACGCCCUUCUUCGUCGUCUUCAUCACACGCCAACAAUACUCAACUUGCAUGAACAGUCCCUUGUUUUGAUUUUUAAAUUUUUUUUAAAUUAUGAAAUGGGAUUCUUUUGCAUCCAGAGGAGCAACGAGCAGAGGGAAUUCAAAAGGUUUGGACCCUUUAUUUUUGGGAUGAUGUCACGCAGACCAGAUGGGGUUUUUCUUUUUCUUUUUUUUUUUUGUUCAUCAGACAAUCAUUUCAAGUCGUAAGCACCUUUUUUUGUUGUUGUUGUUCCAAAAAAAAAAAGAGAAAAUCUUUUUCUCCUUCGUCACCGUCUGCCUGCGCGGGGCCAAAACAAUGUAUGAGAUUUUUAUUUUCGAUAUAUUUUUUGGGGUGGGGGGGAGGGUGGGGGUUUUAAUAUGGGAGGAUGUCGCUUUAAGCGAAGAAGAAAAUGACAAGGGCAUCCCUCUCCCGCGCUGUAAUAUAU